AUGCUGAAGAUAUUAUCAUUGAUAAUAUGUAUAACUACGCUCAACAUAAUUAAUAUUUCUGGUUCGAAUUGUCCAGAUCGUCAGUGGAUAAUAGAGUCUCUCAAAAAGGUUCAAGUUCCAGGCGCCGCAGUCAUCGUGAUCAAUGCUACUCACACACUUUAUGAAGAAGCUUUUGGUUUCCAGUCAUUAGUACCACCAAUACCAAUGAAUAUUAACACAUCAAUUUUUCCUCUUGCUUCUGUUUCGAAAACAUUCAUUGCCGCUGCUGUCAUGCAACUUGUCGAGAAGGAACUUGUCGAUCUUGACACAGAUGUUAAUCAAUACUUAUCCGAACCUGGAAAACGAAUCUUUCAUCCUAAAUAUCCGUCUCAUUCAAUUACUCUACGGAAAUUACUUUCACACUCAGCUUCAAUCUUUGUCAGCUAUGCAGUGCAAAAUACGUAUUAUCAGCCUGAUGAUACUGCUUAUGAACAAAGAUCUUUAGCUGAUGUCGUUUACCAGUAUGUGAAUCCAAACACAUCAAACUGGUUACCGAAGCCACCAGGCAGUGUUACAUCAUAUUCCAAUGAAGGUUCCGCUCUAGCUGCACUGGUUGUCGAACGAGUAUCGAAAAUGCCCUAUAGUGAAUAUGUCAAAGAAAGCAUUUUGAAACCAUUGGGUGUAGAUAUUAGUAAAACGGGUGUCCGUCUAUCCGAUUUUGCAACUACAGAAAAUUUUGUUAAACAUUAUAAUUAUGCAUUCAAUGCAUCUUAUCUCGAAGGAUGGAAACACUUUAUACCACAGUUGAAUAUCACACCGAUUUCAAGCAAUUUUCCUACGUGGCUACAUAUUCCAGACUUCAGCUUCAAUUUCUAUCCUUCAGGUCUCUUACGAAUGUCAGCUAAGACUCUAUCUACAUAUCUUCGCAUGUUCAUCAACAAUGGCUCUUCGAUUCUUCUUCCUCGAUCUAUUGCUGAAAUGCGAACAGUAGUUGGCGGUGGACUUAUACCGCCUUACAGUCCAGAUUCGACGCGUGAUUCUACGGGGGUAGGAGGAGGAGCACCACCGCCACCACCCCAGUAUGGUCUUAGUUGGUAUUGGAAUACUAUGAGUGAUGGUCGUCGAUACAUUGGUCAUACUGGUUUUCUUCCAGGUAUGUCACAUUUAGUAUUAGUCAAUGAAAAGCACAGUAUUGGUGUGAUUCUUCUCACAAAUGCUGAUAUUCUUGGACCGACUCAUCUAGCACAAGCAAUUGGUGAGACAGGGACAGAUAUUCACAUGGCACUUUUUCAAUGUUUCGAUACCAAUGCUACUACUCCUAUCGUUCCUGCAUCUGCCUUGCGUGUAACAGGAACUCUGUUCUGUUUUUAUGUCACAAUUUUAACUUUCUUGCGAUUUCUUCUAUUUUAG